AUGGCACUACGAUAUCUGCGCCAGCUCUAUUCGCUGGAAACCCUGGAUACACGCUUCGUUGUGCCGGCCAAUGCGCCACCCAAAGAGGCCCUCGAGCUCGCCGAGCUGGACCCUGCGCAACCGUUGCCGGUCAGGAAUGGCCAAGUCAAGAGCAGGGACUCAGUAGAGUGUGUGCAGCCUUCAAAAUGGCACACAUUGGAAUUCAAGACCUAUCUUGGACUCGUCAGCCUGUGUGUCUUCUUCAUGAUCAAAGCGGUAGUUGACGUAUCACAAGUAUCGCACCCAAACUAUUCCACGUUUGAACACUUGCUUUCAGAUGGCUGGAUACCUGGGCGCAAAGUCGACAAUACCGACCUUCAGUACUCCAGCUUCAGAUCGAACAUCAUACCUCUCUUUUUCGUCGUGCUCCUACAUCCCGUCCUUCGGAAGCUCUAUGAUGGUUUCUGGAGAGCAAACACUUACACCCAGGUCCGGCCUUCUGGUGCAAAUGGCCUGACCAUGGGGCUAAGCGCACCUGCAGCAGCAGAUGCGCGUAUGAACCAAAGGAUUUCUUUUGAUGUGCCAUUCACCAUCAUCUUCAUUAUAGCUCUACAUGGCUUCUCCGCUUUCAAGAUCGUGGUCAUACUAUAUAUGAACUACUGCCUCGCGAAAAAGCUACCGAGGUCCUAUGUGCCCGCAGCAACCUGGAUCUUUGGAGUAGGCAUCCUGUUCGCCAACGAGUUUGGAAAAGGCUAUUCGUACGCUACCAUCCUGGAGACAUUCCUCCCCUUUCCCCCUGGAUCCAAAGAAGAGCAACCAGUCACCAACUUCGGCCACACACUCGACAACUUCGGCGGCCUCAUCCCCCGCUGGGAAGUCCUCUUUAACUUCACCGUGCUGCGCCUCAUAAGCUUCAACAUGGACUACUACUGGAGUAUGAACUCUCGGAUCGGCAAUUCCCUCGAGAAGAAACAACUCGACCCCUCAAACCUCUCUGAACGUGACCGCGUUGCCAUACCCGCAAACCCCGCCGACUAUUCCUUCAAAAACUUCUUCGCUUAUACGCUCUACUCACCGCUCUAUCUCGCCGGGCCUAUCGUAACCUUCAACGAUUACAUCUCCCAGCUGCGGUACCGACCUCAUAGCAUCACGCCAAAACGCACAGCGCUCUACGCCAUCCGCUUUGCCAUCGUCCUGCUCACCAUGGAAAUCAUGAUUCACUACAUGUACAUGGUUGCCAUUUUCCACGCUCGCCCCCCUUGGGACGCCUACACACCGACUCAACUCAGCAUGCUCGGCUUCUUUAAUCUCAAGCAUAUAUGGCUGAAGCUGCUUAUUCCGUGGCGCUUCUUCCGUCUCUGGGCGUUGAUGGACGGAGUCGACCCCCCAGAGAACAUGGUACGCUGCAUGAGCGACAACUACGCCGUGACGCACUUCUGGCGCGGUUGGCAUCGCAGCUUCAAUAAAUGGGCCUUACGCUACCUGUUUAUACCUAUGGGCGGCAGCAUCGCACCAGGAGUGUGGGGCCAGGUGCGCAGCGUGCUGAACAAACUUACUGUCUUCUCUUUCAUCGCUAUUUGGCACGACAUCCAGCUCAGGCUGCUGAUGUGGGGCUGGCUCGUCACUUUGUUCGUGCUUCCCGAAGUCAUCGCAAGCCACAUCUUCCCUCCCAGGAGAUGGAAAAACAGACCAGAUGCGUAUCGCUACCUCUGUGGUAUUGGGGCUGUGGGCGAGAUUCUGCUGCUGAUGGUGGCGAAUCUAGUGGGGUUUGCGUUGGGCUUGGAUGGCUUGAAAGAUCUUGUGAGUGGGAUCUUCUCGAGCUGGUCGGGCUUGGGGUUCUUGGUGAUUGCCUGUGUGGCGUUGUUCAUGGGGGUGCAGAUUAUGUUUGAAUGGAGGGAGAGCGAGAAGAGGAGGGGAAUCAAAAUGAAGUGUUGA